AUGCCGACCACCACUGCCACCGACGCCGACGACAAGGCCCUUUUCAACAAUGGUCUUUUUGAUGGAGUGCGUCUACUGGAAUUUGCUGCCCGAAGAUGGUUCACCCUCGUUGUCCUAUCUCUCGAUUGUGUAAGGCACACCAACAACUGGUUCUUCGACAAGCUGCCUUUGGACAAGGCGCUCAUUUUCAACGGGUAUCUGUUCGGGCCAUGGGACAUCGCCAAGUAUAACGAGCUCAUGCCAAAGGCUCCAGAGCGGGGUUGCGUUUGUUAG